AUAGGUAUAUAGCCUAUAUGCGAGUACCACUCCAAAAACGCUCACGGUGCCGGUGCCCAACUCAUAAGCAAAUUGAAUUCCUUUAGAACCUCUGGAAUCUGGAACCUCUCAUAUGUCAUACGCAAAGCUCGAACUGCAGAAGCUCGUUCCAGGUUAAAUUUUAGUGAGUAUUUGAAGUUGACGAAUCUGAUAUGGAAGAGAAUUCUCCGGCUCUGAACCCGACUUCAGUUGUUGUUACUGGAACAGCUCGAGAAGGAACAGUUGGACCUGCUAUUGGCCAUGUUGACAUUGGUGUAAGCGAAUCUGCUUACUUGUUUAGAGUUGCACUUCCUGGUGUUAGAAAGGACAAUUGUGAUUUGAGCUGUGAGAUUGAACGUGAUGGGAAGGUUCAUCUUCAAGGAGUUAUAACAGGUGGAGAACUAGCUAAAAAGAAUCCUAAAACUGAGUAUCACAUGAAUGUGGCACAGUUGAGCCCACCAGGACCGUUCACCAUAUCUUUCAAGCUGCCUGGUCCUGUUGACCCGAGGUUGUUCUCACCGACUUUCAGGUCAGAUGGUAUUUUGGAAGGUGUUGUGAUGAAAUACAGGGCACCUGGUGUACCACCAUGUGGUAAUCAGUUUGAUCCUGUGUGAGCAGUAGAAUUCCUCCCUAAAUUUCUAAGUAGAUACUGAAUUUGCAUGUAAAGAUUCAUUUUCUUAUAGGUCGCAAGAUUAGCAUAGUCUGAACUUAGUCAGUCCUCGAUAGGUUAGCUGGAUAGUAGUUGGUAGAGUUGCUCAUAAUGUGACAGAGUUGCUGUCUGGUCUUAGGAUUUUAACUUAUCAUCUUCUGAUUGUAUACCACUUAAAACAUGUUGGGCCUUGGCUAAUCUGUUGCAGUUGAUUUUCUCUGUUAGCAAUAUUUGUGAAAUUGAAUCUCGUAUUUUUCUC